AUGUUGGAAGCUAAAAAUGAGGGAUUGGAAGAGCUCAGUACAAGUCAAACGAUAGGCGAACGUAUAUCUUCCAUUAAGAACGAAUUGGACGAAGAUACUACGGCACUUGACAUUGACUUCGAAGUUAAGCCUACAUCGUUGAUACGGAAAAAAUCCAAGAAACGCAUGGUUGAGUUCGAAACUGACAAUGGAAUAGCUAAUAACAAAGUGAAGAUGGAAUUUGAUGGAGUUCUCCUUCCUCUCCCUUACCGAAAGCGAGUCAAAUUGGAGUCUGAGAGUGCGCUGUAUGUCCUUCGAGUUAAUGACUCCUGCAUGAAAGAAGUCCUAACUGCAUACAGUCUUCAUGCCUCCAACGCUCCCAAGAUAUUGCAGUCAAAUUCUUCGGAUCCUGGGGAUACUGAGUCCGAGUCUGAAGAGAGCAAAGAGAUGGUUGUGAUAAAGGCUGAACAAAAUGAUGACGACGUGACUUUCGUCAGUAAAGCUACUGACUUGGAAUACUUGGAUAUUAAACCAAAGAUCAAGGUCGAGCUGGAACUAAGUCGAACCCUUGUCCAGAUCCGACUUGAUCAAUUCUCUUGUGCUCCAUAUCCCGUCAACCUGGAUCGCAGAAUUUCGGAGAGAAGAUUUUCUCGUGAAUUCAUCCAUAGUGUCUUUGGUGGCUCCCCUUAUGCUGCAAAUCCUCCAAUUGGUAAAGAAUUCCUUGCGCGUCACGGACGAGCGCAUUUCAUGUUCUGGAACAACUGCAAAUACCAACCUAAUGCUCCUGGGAAUGUCGGUGAAUCAGGUUUAUUCUAUGAAUCACGGCCGUUCUCACCCAAGGACGACAAUGAAUUCAUUCAUCAUGGCUUCUCAUGCUUUGCGCCAAACGAGUGGUGGUAUGUUGGAGAUUUUCAGUGCUUUGCGGCUGGUUCAUUGACGAAAGAUGAAUGGAACAAAGAGGUCCCUAAAUUUCAUAAAUCGUGGUCCGAUGUGUUACAUAACGAUAAAUGGGGAAGGACAGUUCGUGUAAUGAUUCACCUUCGAACACAACUGGGCAGAGAACCUACGGAAGAUGAGAUCGAGGAAGCUCAAGGUCUUUCGGAUGAAUACAAACAUAUAUCAGCUGAAGAAAUCAAAAAUGCUUUUGAUCAAGGGGAACAGUGCCUUGGUAUCCUAGUUUUGAAAUGUGUCGGAUACGAUGAAGAUCUUCAGCGAGAACUCGUGCAGAAAUUUCCGUCUUGGGUGCCUAAAAUAAAAUCUGGUGGAAAGAAGGCCAAAGCUGAAAAGAGUUCAAAGCGGAAGAAAAAUAAAACUCGAAAGGUCAAGGCGGUCAGAGAACACGAUGCUAUAGAAGAAGCCGAGCAUGUUACUGGAUCUGAUGAAGCUUUCGAUGGGACGAAGGCGCAAUACAAACACACUGGGACCAGAAGUCGACCCGUCCGUACCGCAUAG